AUGGAGACGCGCCUCAAUCACUGCCUUUUUCUAAUUUUCUCUGAGUGGAUUUGUCUCUUCAGCCUAACUUCCAUCCUGGGUGGAACAAAAGCGGAGGUAAGGUGCAUUCCCUCGUGCCAGCUGCCGCUCAUCAGAGCAUUUCCCCGGGAAGUCUCGGCGCUGGAUAUGACGGAUUUUGCCGAGGCACCAGCUGAUGAAUUUAUUGGAUUUACUGAGGGGUCACCAGGCACCGAAUCCACCACCGGAGUGGACGAAACCCACUACAUUGCGGAAUUACCCACGAGCGAAGAAAGUUCGUUCAAAGUACAGCAACCUUUGGGAGGGGGGGACACAAGUUGUCUCCAGGACGACGCAUCAAACGGUCAGCACAAACUUUCCAACCCGAAAGUGUUCCCUCAGAGUGCUUCACCUGCGGCUGCCCCCUCUCCCGGUGACGGUAACUUCACCGAGAAUAGCAGCAGCAGUGAUGGAGAGAAUAACAGCUUUAACGGGGAAAAUAGGGCGCAGGUCGAUGGGACGGUGAACGAGGAUGUGGCCAGUAGGAGACGAACACGAAGUGCGAGGAGCGCAGAGACUUGGUCCGCUGUCAGUGCUGAGGGCGGGGAGGAUGCUUCGUUUUUGGACCAGGAGGAGUUUCAGCUAACAAGUUCGACAUUUGCUCUCACCGGUGACACGGCUCAUAACCAGGCAAUGGUACACUGGUCCGGACAGAACAGUAGCGUGAUCCUCAUGUUGACAAAAUAUUAUGACUUCAACUCCGGCAGAGUGACGGAGAGUUCUUUAUGGAGGUCAACUGAUUAUGGGACCACGUAUGAGAAACUUAAUGAGAAAGUUGGGCCAAAAACCAUACUGAGCUACUUGUAUGUGAGUCCAAACAACAAGAGGAAGAUCAUGUUACUGACUGACCCAGAGGUGGAGAGCAGUCUGCUCAUUAGCCUUGACGAGGGGGCGUCCUAUCAGAAGCACAGCUUAGCGUUUGAUAUCCUCAGCCUGCUUUUUCACCCUGAGCAAGAGGACUGGAUCCUGGCUUACAGCCACGACCAAAAGCUCUAUGUCUCUGUUGAGUUUGGGAGGAGAUGGCAGCUUGUGCAUGACAGUGUCGUCCCCAACAGAUUCUACUGGUCCAGACUGGGCUUAGACAAAGAACAAGGAAUGAUCCACCUUGAGAUCAGCGUCAGUGAUGGACGGUCACAGUACAUAACUUGUAAACUUCAGAAUUGCUCUGAUGGAAACAAGGGCAAGCCUUUCCCUGGAUUUAUCAUCCCUGAUACUCUGGUGGUUCAAGAUGAAUAUGUUUUCAUCCAGGUGCCAGUAGGUGGCCAAUCUGUCCAUUAUGUGUCCUAUAAAAGAAAUGCUUUCUACCCAAUGAAGCUUCCCAAGUACACUCUACCAAAGGACUUGCAGAUAAUCAGCACGGAUGAUAACCAGGUGGUGGCAGCAAUUCAGGACUGGCACCAGAAUGACUCCUACAACCUGUACAUGUCUGAGUCCAGAGGGCUGUUCUUCACCCUGAUGCUAGAGAACGUUGUGAGCAGUGGAGGACCAGAGGGCAACAUCAUGAUAGACCUCUAUGAGGUUGCUGGGAUUAAAGGGGUGUUCCUGUCAAAUAAAGUUGUUGAGAACCAAGUGAAAACUUAUAUCACAUACAACAAAGGGAGAGACUGGCGUCUUCUUCAGGCUCCAACAACCGAUCUCCAGGGAAACAAGGUCUAUUGUGAACAGCCGUUCUGCUCACUACAUCUGCACCUUCACGUGUCAGAGAAUCCGUACACCUCGGGAAACAUUGUCAGCAAAGACUCAGCUCCAGGAAUUAUAAUAGCGUCAGGUGUCGUUGGACCAGAACUGACCAGUAGUAACGUCAGCAUUUUCAUCACAUCUGAUGCUGGAAACACCUGGAAAGAGGUUUUUCAGGAAGAGUACAGUGUGUUUUUCCUGAAUCAAGGAGGAUCUCUGGUGGCCAUCCGACACACACCUCUGCCAAUUAGACAUAUUUGGCUGAGUUUCGAUGAGGGCAGAAACUGGGACAAAUAUAGCUUCACCAUAUCUCCACUCUAUGUUGAUGGGGUGCUGGGGGAGCCUGGAGAGGACACCCUCAUAAUGACGAUAUUUGGUCAUUUCAGUCAUAGAUCUGAGUGGCAACUGGUCAAGAUUGACUUCCGGUCAAUUUUUCAACAUCGCUGCACAUCUGAAGAUUAUCUGACGUGGCAGUUACAUGAUGAGGGCGAAGUGUGCAUCAUGGGAAUGAAGAGAAUCUUCCAAAAACUGAAAGCAAACGUUCGAUGUGUCAAGGCCAGAGAUCAGUAUAUUUCCCAGAUGUCAGACUCCUGCCUGUGCACAGAAGCAGAUUUUGAGUGCGACUAUGGAUUUGAGAGGCAGAGUGAUGGGAGCUGCACUCCAGCCUUUUGGUUUGUUCCUUCAGCAAUAUUGAGAGACUGCAUCACCGGAGACAGCUUCCUCAACACGACAGGAUAUCGCAGGGCUUUGUUUAACAACUGCACAGAGGGAACUAUGUUGCAGUACACUCCUAGACGGCAGAAGUGUCCCAGUCAGGUUCCCAGGGGCCUCCAGCUCUUCACCUCUGAGGGAACACUUAUAGCAACGCUGGGCAAGAAUGUCACCUUCUUGGUCUUUCUGGAAGAGGGUCUCAGCUCCACGACAAGUGUAAGAGUGGACUUUGGUGACGGGACUGCUAUAUCUUACGUUAACAUAAGCUCCAUUGAUGAUGGGGUCAAGCAUACCUACAGUAAAGUCGGCAUCUACCAAGUCUCUGCUACAGCGAGCAACACUCUGGGCUUUGACAGAGUGAUACUCUACCUCCAUGUCUCCUGUCAACUUGAACAGAUCCAGCUCUCAGCUCCUUCAGUGGUGGUCAAGAACAAAGUGGUGAACCUCACAACAGUGUUACGCCCCAGCAAUGUGGGAACAGUCACCUACUAUUGGUGGUUUGAUAACAAAACGGAGCCUUUGGUGACCUUGGAAGGAGAGAUGUCCUUCACUUUCUCCAAGGAAGGAAGUCACACUAUCACAGUUCAGGCUUCAGUUGGCAAUACUGUCCACCAGGACCAAAUGACUGUGACAGUUUAUGAUUAUUUCCGGUCACAUGUUUUGGCCUUUUCUUCUAAUUUGGAUGAGCUGAACCCCGGGGUGUCUGAGUGGAGAGAGGACAUCGGGAGAGUGGUGAAGAACUCUGUGGUUCAGGUCACAGGAAUCAGUGAAGAUCAGCUCCUGGUCACAGUGCUUCCAGGUAUACCAACCACAGCAGAGAUUUACAUUGUGCCUGAGAGGACAUCAAGGCAGAGAGCUGUGGAUGAAAAGUGGGCACACCUGGAUCAGCUUUCUCAGGUUCUGCUAAGUGCUCUGAACCAAGACCUCAUCCAGUUCACACUCAGACCAGGAGUGCAGGUGAACGUCUAUGCCACGCGGCUGUCUCCAGCUCCUCUUGUGGACAGCAGUCACAGUGGCCACAGCAGCACUGCAGUCAUCAUGCUUGUAUCUGUCGUGGUGAUGGGCUUGGCUGUCUUUGUAAUAUAUAAAUUUAAAAGGAAGAUCCCAGGCAUCAACACAUAUACGGCGGAGCAGCCUGACAAAGAACAAGAGGUCAUCCCAACAGUGACCUCCAUAGCCGUCCCAAACCCUGAGGGGGAUAAGCUGACCUCGCUGGAUCAUGUGGAUGUACAGUUGGACUCAAAAAGCAGAGGCUACCUGCCAUCUCACACAGACAUCAAGCUCUCUGAUGAAGCGCCCCAUGUGUUUUAA